AUGAGACCUGCAAUUUCAAAAGGGAUGUUUUGCUUGUCCCUUAUUCUCCUGCUUUUCUCCUGCCUCGCUGUUUCCACGGUAACCAUCACCACGGAGCGACGCGCCAUCGAUAGUGAUGUCAGGACUCUGACCAGCAGCUCUGCUGCAGCUGGCAAAGCGAGCGCCACCUUGUUCCUCCUGACUGGCUACAAGCCACCACUGCCACCGCUGCCCGCCGGACCCAAAGUGGCGCCGAAAGCAGCCGAGGUGGAGGACGGGGACGAUCCACCAGUCAUGGCUGAGCUGCCUCCAAAACCCCUCCCUCAAACCAUGUUGCCAAGGAACAUGACGGCAGACGCCCUGAAGCCUCCGCUGGGUGCAGCCCAGGUGGCUCCACCCCCCAGACAGCUGGUGGAUGUGGACGUGUGCAGGGGUUACUUCGACGUGAUGGGACACUUUGACAGCACGUUCAACUGCUCCCAGGGCAGCUACAUCUACUGCUGCGGUACCUGCCACUACCGGUUCUGCUGCGAACACCAGAGGAAUCGGCUGGACCAGGAUGCCUGCAACAACUACAUCUCCCCUGAAUGGGCCGACCCACAGGUUCCAGUCACUGUGCCCACCGGAAACAAGCCCGACCCGGACUUCGAGACGCUUCAGCAGCAGAACAGCAGCACGGCCUAUGUAAUUGGAGGGGUGAUCUCCUUCACGCUGGUGGUGGCUGUGGGCGUCAGGAUCGCCUUCAGCAAGGUGGCACGUCGACCUCGAAACCGAGACAUCAACAUGCCCAGAUCACUGGUGGAUAUCUUGCGUCACCAGUCGAGUCCUGUGCAGCAGGGAGAGAGGAACAACACCACAGUGUUGACCACCACCACCUCAGACGGACGCACAUCUAAAAACGUCUACACCCCCAUUCUGCAGAUCAAAGACAACCGCACUGGGAACUUGCACCACCAUUUUAACCAGCAGGGGUCUGCUUCCAGCCCCAAACACUCUGCUACCAUCGAGCGUGGACCCCGUAUGAACAACACCCCCCAGCUCUCCUCCGGGCCCACCCUGAUUUCAAGCAGCAGCAAAGGCCCAGGAGGCGUCGGUGGCGGCAGCAUCAUCGGUGGGGGCAUGAGACACAACAGCAGCCACCCGUCCUUCUCCCACUCCUUCCACAACCUGGCACAGUUGCCGCCAUCCUACGAGGCGGCCAUGAAACCGGAGAUCAGCCGCUACAGCUCCCUGAAGAGGCUAGAGAAAGAACUGGACGAGUACUCGAGCUACUACAACUCCAAACGCCGCUCCAACAAUGCACCGCCCUCCUUCCACUCCUCGCAGCACCACCUGCCCUGGGGAGGCGAGUACACGCUGGGAUCCAGAGGCACGCUGCCCCUCCACGGCUCCCGGCCCCACAUCCACAUCCCGGCCUCCACCCCGAACCCGUACCCGCUGCCGGCCCAGUCGCAGUACACCAGCUCCUCCUUUGACAGGCCGCCGCGCCGCGUCCGUUCCCAGGAUCAGCUGCUGGCGUUCGGGGAGGGCAACACGCUGUCCCGGCUGUCCAAGAACCAGCAACACCAGUACUACAAAGCCAUGAUGAGCACCAGCAGGAGCUCCACAUCACAGACGCUCCGCAGGUCACAUGAGCGGCUCCUGGUCUCACCGGACCGCCUGGAGGACCGGCUGAUGGCGAUGGGUCUGCUGCUUGGAGGAGGGGAACGAGGAGGGGGAAGUGGGAUGGUUCCCACCAUGGGCCGGCUCAGCCACCACCAGAAGGCCCAGUCGCAGCAGAACAUCUGCGUCACGCCGUCCAUGGACCGCCACCACAUGAUCAAGAUGAAUUCCCACCCGACACCGGGCCACGACCACGACCGCAGCUCCGCAGCGAUGUCGGGGAUGGGCAUGCACAGCGGCUGGGACUCCCACAGCGGCCACGGCGGAGGGGGAGGGGGCACGUCCGGAGGCCAUCCCAACGCCCGACGGAUGGCUUUUGCCAGCAAGAGGCAGAACACCAUCGAACAGCUGCACUUCAUCCCCGGAGGAGGAGGAGGGCAGGGACUGCGGACUGGAAGUAAGAACGAAGUGACAGUGUGAGGGGAUGAGGGAGGAAGAGAGGUGAAGUUGUGAAGAAGCUGAAGACGGAAUGAAGAGGGUGAAGCAGCGAGAGGCGUUCAGUGGGAAGAGAAAGCGGAGGAAACGGCUACAAAUCGAUGGAAGAGGUUUGAUCCGAGCCGGCUGCCUCACAGGGCUGCACUCUGCCCUGAGCCUGAGCAGCAAACAUCCCCCGUUCACUAAACACAAAGUGGUGGAUGACAACAUUAAUCUCAUAGUGAGUAUAGCCAAUUGAUUCUCUCAUUGUCACUUUGUGGAUUGAAAAAAGAGAAAUUUCAGCCAUUCUUUGUCAAGGGAAGACACUUCGCCACAUAAAAAGAGCAAAAAAAAAAAAAAGAAAAAGAAAAAAAGAUGUAGUUUAAAGGCUGCUGGGUAUUCGCUGUGACUUUUAUUGAAGGAUAUCCGCUGAGUCAGAUUUGCUGAAUUGUCCUUGAGUUUUAUUGCACCGUCCUCUGAGUCCUCGAGUGCUCUGACAGAUUCAUCUGUCUUUGAAUCCGCUGUGGAUGAUGGAGAGCGCCGAGGCAGACGGGUUUGCUUGUCUUUGUAUUUAUAAAAGU